AGAUGGUUUCGUAUAAAAGGCGCUUCUCCUCCUGGCCGCGAAUCAAACCCUGCGCUCCUGUAAGUUUUAUGUGUCAGUCCUACUACAGCCGCUUUUGAUAUUCUCUUCACGAGCGAAUAUAUUAAUUUGGCAUUUGGAAUAGAGGUUUGAUAUAUUGGGAAGCCUGCUGAGAUACAAUGAAGACAUGGAUGCUGGGGUGGACUCUGAUGUUCCUGCUGCUGCAGCAUGCCCAGCCGACUCAGGUGGAAAACUGUGCAGGCUGUAGCACGGCAGCCAUGGACCUGGUCUACAUCCUCGACGGCUCUUCCAGCGUGGGUGUUUCCGAUUUCGACACGGCCAAGAGGUGGCUCAUUAACGUCACCAGCAGCUUCCUGGUGGGCCCCCAGUACACACGGGUGGCGGUGGUCCAGUACAGCGAUACGCCACGGCUAGAGGUCCCGCUGGGUUUGCACCAGAGCGCUCACGACCUCAUCCGGGCCAUCGGCGCCAUCAGCUACCUGGGCGGCAACACUCAGACGGGACGUGCCCUCAGGUUUGCCAGCGAGCACGUCUUCCCCCCGGCCUCCAGCGCCUGGUCGCCCAGGCCGGCCCGGCACCGCAUCGCCGUGGUGGUGACAGACGGCAAGUCGCAGGAUGACGUGGUGGACGCCGCCCUGGAAGCCCGAGCCCAGAACAUUGUGCUGUUCGCCGUGGGAGUGGGCAGCGAGGUGGCCAGCUCCGAGCUGGUCUCCUUUGCCAACAGGCCCUCGUCCGCGUACGUGCUGUACGCCAAGGACUACACCACCAUUGGGUACAUCCUGGGCGCCAUGCAGCAGAAGCUGUGUGAGGAGUCUGUUUGUCCAGCACAAAUCCCUGUGGGUUUGAAGCACGAGAAGGGAUUCGAGCUGAUAUCGGGAAUGAGGAUUGAGCGGAAGGCCGUGAAGGUGCCGGGCUCUCUGCAGUCGGAGGGGGCCUACAUGCUGAGCCACGCAGUGGACAUCACCGAGAGCACUAGGGGGGUCUUCCCCGAGGGCCUGCCCCCGGCCUACGUGUUCGUGGCCACGCUGAGGCUGAAGGAGCCCACCGACCGGGAAGCGUUCGACCUGUGGAGGAUCCUGUCCAGGGAUGGCGCCGUGCAGGUCGCCGUGACGCUCGACGGCAAAGGCGGAUCCAUCGCGUUCAGCACCACCAGCACCAACAGCCAGCUGCAAUCGGCUCGCUUCGGCGAGGGGGCCGUUAAGAGGCUGUUCGAUGGCGACUGGCACCACCUGAAGCUGCAGGUUCAGCCCCGCAGCGUCGCCUGCUUCCUGGACAACGUGCUGGUGGCAGAGAGGCUCCUGGACCAGGUCAUGCCCAUCUACAUCAACGGCCGGACGCAGGUCGCCAAGGCAACCAGGACAGGAGUCAGCGUCCCGAUCGAGGUGCAGAAGCUCAGGCUGUAUUGUGACCCACAGCAGGCGGAGAGAGAGACAGCAUGUGAGAUCAUCUCUGUGUGCCCUGCAGACCGAGCCCCCAGUGUGGAGCACUGUCGCUGCCCCCGUGGGUAUCCAGGCCCCCCUGGCCCUCCGGGGCCCAUGGGUCUCCAUGGACUGAAGGGCCGUGAAGGCCCCCCCGGCCCUGACGGUAAGCCUGGGAAGCCGGGCCAGCCAGGAGUUCCCGGAGAAGCAGGUCCGGCUGGGAACGAGGGUGAACCGGGAUCGCCAGGCCCAACGGGAUAUGCUGGACCACCAGGACUCAAGGGUGAUCGAGGACUGCAGGGGCCCCCAGGGAGGACCGGGCCGCCAGGGAGGACCGGGCCCCCAGGACCCGUGAUUAAAGGCCCAGCUGUGACGCGGUUAAACUUAGCCGCUGUGGCACAUCACUGGAAAAAGGUAUCGGGAAGCUCAGGGGAGAUCGGCCGGCCCGGACCAAUCGGCAUGCCGGGCGCAGAGGGCCAGAAGGGUGAGAAAGGUGAUCCUGGAUUCCCUGGCUCUGAAGGUCCCCGGGGCGACCCGGGGCUGCAGGGCCUCCCUGGUGACAUGGGACCUGUUGGGCCUCAGGGAGAAAAGGGGAUUCCUGGAUUCGCCGGAAUGCCAGGACCAAAGGGACCGGCGGGCCUUCCUGGUUCCACCGGCCCUCCUGGGACUGAUGGCCUCAAAGGCUCCAAGGGGAAUCCGGGGGAGCGCGGAGUACAGGGUUCUCAGGGAUUUCUCGGACCCAAGGGUGAGCCCGGUGAGCCUGGGGUUCAGGGGUCACCAGGAAUCAUGGGAAUGCCAGGAUUUAAAGGGCACAAGGGUGAAGUGGGUGAACCGGGACCAAAAGGGAGUCAGGGUGAGCGAGGGGGUGACGGACCACCUGGGAGCUCAGGAACACCCGGUGAUGCUGGUCCCAGAGGGAUUAAAGGCGAGAAAGGAAUGACAGGAGACUCUGGAUUCCGGGGUCCAGAGGGGAGAAAGGGAGACACGGGACCUGCAGGCGCCACUGGACCACGUGGGUCUCCUGGCCAGGAUGGCUCACCAGGACAACCGGGUGCUCCUGGGUAUCCAGGGAAACCUGGAAAGCCACCCUCAGACGAGCACCUGAUGAAGCUCUGCAGAAAUGUCCUACACAAUGAGUUGCCUCAGCUUUUGCUAACAAUGACUCCUCCGAGCUGCCAGACCUGUGUGGGAAAACAAGGCCCCCCGGGCGAGCCGGGCCCCCCAGGGCCUAAGGGCACAAGUGGCCCCCCGGGUUACCCGGGAAGCGCUGGCUCUCAGGGCUUCCCUGGCCCCCCCGGUGUACAAGGACCCCAAGGAAUCAAAGGUGAUGUCGGGCCAGUGGGACCAAAAGGACCCAAAGGGGAUGGAGAAGAGGGACUGCCAGGUCCUCCUGGCCUUGUGGGACCUCCAGGGCUGCCGGGCAAUGAUGGGGAGGGUUUGCCUGGACCCCCAGGCUUCCCUGGACAGGCUGGUGUUUCUGGAAUCCCAGGGGAGCGAGGCCCGCCCGGCCCAGCCGGCUCCUGUGAUGUCGCACUCUGCUACCAAGCCUACGGCCUGAGAAACGAGCAUUUCAGCAAGGGGCCUGGUCCCUAACACCACCGCAGCGUCUUGGAGGGCCUUCAGACCUACAGCAGAAGAACAGCUCCUCCGGAUGAGAUGUGUUUGAGGACAACGUUUGAGGAAAUGGAGCAUUUUAGUGAUAAGAACAUAAAGUGGCAUGUCACCUCCGAUCAGAUGCACAUCACCUUAGCAAAGCUACUUCUAUGCUGGAUGCCGGACACAAGACAUUCAGAUGUGUGUAGAUCAACAAAACCUCACUUAUUUUAAUGGCUUACAUUUAAUAGAAAUAUGUUUUUCUUUUUUAAAGUCUACUGACCUAAACCGAGUACCUAUACAUGCCAUCCCAGAAGAUCAAAUACAUGGGUUUUAGCAAUAUUAUUUGUAGUGUAUGUACAUUAUCCACUAUUUAUGAAAUUAAUGUAUUUAUUUGAUAUUUCAGUUAAUGUUACAUUUAAGUUUUCCACUCCCUCAAGUGCCGAGUGUCCUGAACCUGUCAGAUCACAACCCCUGCCAUUUAGUUCACAUAUGCGGCACUGAACUUUUCUAAAAGUAAAUAGUAUUGUUUAAUUGUCUAUGUUUU